AAUUAGUUGCAGUUAGUUGGCCAGAGCCGAAACAUGUCUUUAACCGAUCGUCGGAGUUGUAUUGCGCUUGCGCUUGGAAUAUGCUGUCUGCUGAUCGCCUGCCUCGCCACAGCGAGCGCCCAGAGCGGCGGCGUCACCUGGAAUGCGGGCAAUGCCGCUGGCGCUGGUGCCUGGUCGAAUUCCCACGCCGGAGGCGCACCCGGCAUGCAUCCACCCGGCAGCCUGGGCAGCACUGAUCCUCAGUAUGGCUACGGCUAUGCGGGCAUCGAUGCGCGUGGCCCCUACGGCGGGGCGGGCGGCAAUGGCGCCUACUACGUCAGCGGCACCGACGAGCAUGGACGACCCUUCUCCUACAACGGUGGCCAACCCAUGCCCCCGCCGCCCGGCUAUCUGAACAACUAUGGCUACAGAAACGGCGCCUCACCGACCGCAGCGACCGCAGCGUCAGUGGGCGUGGCCCUGUGCCUAGCACUGCUGGCGGCGAGAUCUUAAAGUUGAUAACUUUUUUUUUAUAUAUAUAAAAUAUUUUGUUUUUUUUUUUUUAAUAUUAUUUUUAAGCCUUAUUUAUAGAUGUGAAAUACCAAAUUGUGAACUGUGAGCAAUAAAUGACCAAAAAAAGGCA